CGUCUGGAAAAUGUGGGGAAACUCAGCGAGCGAAUGUCCACCUCAUUUUUCUGAUUGGCUGUGGUGCAGUACAGGGGCGGGGUGUAGCUAUUUAAAACAUUUUGAUUGGGUAUAUGAGGGGGCGUGUUGGGGAAUUCCCGAUAGGGCGGAAGCACUGGAGCUCAUCGCAGAGCCCAGCGACAGGCAGGCGACCACAGGGGGCCACCCGAGGUGGCUGGGGCCAUGGCCGGGGUCGCGUGCUUGGGGAAAACUGCGGAUGCCGAUGAAUGGUGCGACAGCGGCCUGGGCUCUCUAGGUCCCGACGCAGCGGCUCCCGGAGGACCAGGUCUGGGCGCAGAGCUUGGCCCAGAGCUGUCGUGGGCGCCCUUAGUCUUUGGCUACGUCACUGAGGAUGGGGACACAGCCCUGCACUUGGCUGUGAUUCAUCAGCAUGAGCCCUUCCUGGAUUUCCUCCUGGGCUUCUCCGCCGGCACCGAGUACCUUGACCUGCAGAAUGACCUAGGCCAAACAGCCCUGCAUCUAGCAGCCAUCCUUGGGGAGGCAUCUACAGUAGAGAAGUUGUAUGCAGCCGGUGCAGGAGUGUUGGUGGCUGAGAGAGGGGGCCACACGGCAUUGCACUUGGCCUGCCGGGUCAGGGCACACACGUGCGCGUGCGUACUGCUCCAGCCCCGUCCCAGCCACCCAAGAGAUGCCUCAGAUACCUACCUCACUCAGAGCCAGGACUGUACCCCAGACACCAGCCAUGCCCCUGCUGCCGUGGAUUCCCAACCCAACCCAGAGAACGAAGAGGAGCCGCGUGAUGAAGACUGGAGGCUACAACUAGAAGCUGAAAACUAUGAUGGCCAUACCCCACUCCAUGUAGCUGUCAUCCACAAAGAUGCAGAGAUGGUCCGGCUGCUCAGGGAUGCCGGAGCCGACCUCAAUAAACCGGAGCCUACGUGUGGCCGGACCCCUCUGCACCUGGCAGUAGAAGCCCAGGCAGCCAGCGUGCUGGAACUUCUCCUGAAAGCCGGUGCUGACCCCACCGCCCGCAUGUAUGGGGGCCGCACCCCGCUUGGCAGUGCCCUGCUCCGGCCCAACCCCAUCCUUGCCCGCCUCCUCCGUGCACAUGGGGCCCCUGAACCUGAGGACGAGGACGAUAAGCUUAGCCCUUGCAGCAGCAGCGGCAGCGACAGUGACAGUGACAACAGAGAUGAGGGCGAUGAAUAUGAUGACAUCGUGGUUCACAGUGGCAGGAGCCAAAACCGACAACCGCCUUCCCCGGCAUCCAAACCUCUUCCUGAUGACCCCAACCCUGCCUGACUUAAGUCCCGACCCUCCAGAGCCGAAGUGUGAUGCGAGCCCGGGUGCUUUGCUUUGUGCUUUAUUCACUCAGGGAUGGAGGGGUGGGCGGGGUCCUGAGUCAGCCGGAGCCCAGCCCCUGCCCAUAGGCUUCUCUCAGGCUUGGUUCUCAGGCACAUCCUUGCUUCCAGUCCCUACCAGUUGGAAGUGGAGCAGAAUGCCCGGUGAAAGGAGGCUCUGAGGUCAACAGUCCUGAGCCUCAGGGAGUGUGGGGAAGGAGUGGCGUGGGGUCAGCCUUCCCUCCCGAGAGCCUCCCCUAGCAUGGCGGUAGCCUUCUUUAACUGCUCCUGCAUGCGCUCCAGCCGCUCCACAUCGUGUUCCUGGGGGAGAUCAGAAGUAUGGUUACCACCUCGAUGGCCACUGUGAAUAGCAGCUCUGCCACUUCAUAUGCUUGGCCUGACAUCCUGUCCUAGCUGUGUGUCAUAGUCAGUGAGGACCACCAUCCUUGCUUCUACAAGGCCCAAAGCUCUGCUUGCCCACCUGAGCGGCAUGGCGGUUCACACAGCCUGCCUGCCACGUUGUUCUCUGGAUCUUUGUGAGUGCUGGGACCAGAGAUGUGUGUCGUCACAGCUGGUUUAUGUAGCAACACUAGAAGUGAAUCCACAGCCUGCGCAUGCUAGUCAUACGUUCUACCAUGAACCUGUGUGCCUAGCCCUAAGCGGACCAUUUGUGAAGCGAUGGCUAUUUUGAUUGCUGCUCCCAACUGAGGUGAUAAUUAACUUUU